AUGUUUGAAGACUGGAGUCGUAAUUAUGCCUCUAACGGAAUUGCUUUAGCACCAUUCGGCGAGGACAAAGAUGAAUUGACGACCGAAACGAGGAAAUUAUUUGUCAAAAUGGAAUUUCCUUUUGAUGCCACAGUUUCUCCGCUUUAUACAAUUAUUUUAAUCGUACAGUUCUCGUUCCAAGCAGUUCUAGUUCUCGCAGCGGUAAUGUCAAUAGCAUUGAUUGCGACAUUAAUAUUGCAUAUUGGCAGUCAAAUAGAAAUAUUUUGCAAAAGAUUGACGAGAGCUUCUGGCUGCCCUGGAAAAGAAGAAUCACGAAACGUAAUAAUAAAAGAUGUGAUUUGUGAACAUCAAAGAAUCAUAAGGUUGUCCGAAAAUAUUGAAAAAAUGUUUAGAUACAUAUCGUUGGGGCAAUUUCUAUCAAACGCUUUGAUCGUAUGUUCUUUAUUAAUACUCGCGAAGUCUUCGAAAAUGGAACAAGGACCUAUAAUAAUAGCCAAAUGCUUUCCCUAUUAUAUUGCUGUAAAUUGUGAAGCAUUUAUUCUUUGUUACACGGGUGAAUAUCUUUCUUCAAAGGGUGAAAAUAUUACCGAAGUCAUAUAUAAUUUUCUUUGGUACGAAUUAAAGCCCAGAGAAUCUCGUAUUAUAUUGUUAACAAUAUUGCGAUCACAAAAACAAUUAAAACUCACAGCUGGAAAAUUUCUGACCCUUUCGUUGGAGGCCUUUGCUAAUAAGGCUGUCUUGAAUCUUCUGAUAGCUACUCACAGAUUUGUUACAUUUGCAAUAACGUUUUACAGAAUACUCACUAGUAUUUUAACUUCGAUGGUUUCGGAUUGGACUGAUCCUUCCAACGCUAAACUUAAUACAGACGUCAUGAUAAGUAAUGCUGAUCUGACGAACCGUUGCUCGUACGUAAUUAUAGGCCUAUACGUUCUUGCAGUUAUUUUGUACAGCAGCGUGGGUCUCGAACUUUUUAACGAAAGCGAAAACGACGAGAUCGACUCGAUACACCGAGAAUUGUUGAUAAAAAUGGAAUUUCCAUUCGCGAUUUAUAAAUCACCGAUAUACGAAUGCGUACUGUUUGCACAGUUUAUACAACUACUGUGUACUGCUUCUGGCAUUGCUAUGUUGGAUGCUUUAAUAAUUACGAUGAUAUUACACGUUGGAGGGCAAAUAGAAAUGAUGCAUCAGAUGCUGGAAAAGAUUUCUGCCAAAGAAGCAAAACAUGGAUUGCCUAGAAGCACCAUAAAACAGUUGUACAAUCGACAUCAGAACAUUAUUAUCUUCACCGAGAACAUUGAAAAUCUUUUCUCGUACAUUGCUUUGAUGCAAUUAUUGUGCAAUACGCUCAGUAUUUGUUGCAUAGGCUUCUUAUUGGUAGUUACAUUUAAUACGGACCGAAACGCUAAAUCGAUUAUAAGAAUAUUGUUCUUUUACAUCGUCAUAACGUUGGAAGCGUUUAUUUUUUGCUUUGCCGGAGAAUACCUUAGUAACAAGAGCAUGUCGGUUAACAAUGCUGCGUACGAUUCACUUUGGUACAUUUUGAAACCUAACGAUAUUCGCGUGAUACUUCUUAUUAUGGUUCGAUCGCAGAAGAAAUUAACGAUCUCUGCCGGGAAAUUUACAGAGUUGUCUAUGCAAGGCUUCGCUAGUAUGUUGAAGGCUUCUGUGUCCUACGUGUCGGUACUGUUUGCGAUGUACUAA